CACGUGUCUGCAUUGCUACACCCAGGGAAUCAAAACAAACCCGCGUGACCCCGCCCCGCGUCGGUCACGUGACGUCGACGUGAGCGGCGCUUCCGGGAUCUUCCGGGAGGAAUCGUUGGGGUUCUUUCCUGUGGUACCUCUACAGACCCCCGGGUUCGGCCUGGCUCGGAUCUCACUCCGCCGUCACUCCAGCUUGACUCCACUCUGGUUUCGGCGAAGUCCGCUCGCGGUAGCCAUGGCAGCAGGCUCGGAGGCGAGCACGCACGUGACCCUUGCAGCCGGAGCGGGAGGGGACGAAGAUGAACACAUCAAACCUUUUAUGCCAGAGAAAGCAAAAGAAAUUAUAAUGUGUUUACAACAACCUGCAAUCUUCUAUAACAUGGUUUUUGAUUGGCCAGCAAGCCACUGGAAUGCUAAAUACCUUUCUAAGGUCCUUUAUGGUAAGCAGAUACGAUUCAGAAUGGGAAUGAAGAGCACAGACACAGCUCCUCAGUUUGAAACUACAUGUAAUUAUGUAGAAGCUACACUUGAAGAGUUCCUAACAUGGAACUGUGACCAGUCUAAUAUUUCUGGACCAUUUAGAGAUUAUGAUCAUUCCAAAUUCUGGGCUUAUGCUGACUAUAAAUAUUUUGUCAAUCUGUUUGAAGACAAGACAGAUGUUUUCCAGGAUGUGAGAUGGUCUGACUUUGGGUUUCCUGGAAGAAAUGGACAAGAAAGUACGUUGUGGAUCGGCUCCCUGGGAGCCCAUACACCCUGUCAUCUGGACUCCUAUGGUUGCAACUUAGUAUUCCAGGUACAAGGCAGGAAAAGAUGGCAUCUCUUUCCUCCUGAAGAUACUCCUUUCCUUUAUCCAACUAGAAUCCCUUAUGAAGAAUCUAGUGUGUUCAGUAAAAUCAAUGUUGUCAAUCCUGAUUUAAAGCGUUUUCCUCAGUUCCAGAAAGCUCAAAGACGUAUGGUUACACUGAGCCCAGGACAGGUUCUGUUUGUUCCCAGACACUGGUGGCAUUAUGUAGAAUCCAUUGAUCCUGUCACUGUCAGUAUAAACUCAUGGAUUGAGCUGGAAGAGGACCACCUCGCCCGGGUAGAGGAGGCAAUCACCCGCAUGCUUGUGUGUGCCCUGAAAAGUGCAGAGGAUCCACACAAUACCAGAGCUUGGCUAAACCCAACUGAGGUUGAGGAAACAUCCCAUGAAGUCAAUUGUCACUACUUGAAUGGAGCUGUUUCUGCCUUUUUUGAUCAUUAUGGAACAGCUAAGGUAGAAGAAAUCCAAGCGCUGAGAACAAAUGGAGAGCACAUGAAAAAGGAAGAAUUAAAUGUGUGCAGCCACAUGGAGGUGGAACAAACAUGCAGCCCGAACCUCACCAGGGGAACGGGGAGACAGGAGGUGGCCAGUCCCUUUGGCCCUUAUCUGGUUCCUGUAACACCGAGAUCUGAAGAACUACCUUCAGAAAGAGAAGGCAUAUUUGGAAGUGCUGGAGAAGGAUCUGUCGACAAAGAUGGAGAACACUUUGGAAAAUUGCAUUGUGCCAAAAGGCAGAAAAUGAUGAGCACAAGUGAGAAUGCAGAUGUGGAACAGACCGCGUCAGAUAGUGCCAUGGCCCCUUCUCACACAUUCAUUUCUACAGAUGACUUGCUGGACUGCUUGGUGAAUCCUCAGAUAACCAGGAUGGUGGCACAACUUUUGAUACAAGGCAGAAGUUUAUCAUUCUAAUAGAAGAUGACUUUUUAAAUAAUGUUUUUAAAAAUAUAUUUUUAAAUAGAAUGAUUUUAAAACCAAAGGUGGGACAGCAAAAGGUCAGUUUGCACGUUUGUAAAUGUAUUAUAUAAACCUAAAUAAUUAUAUUUCAGUUGCCACCUUCUUUCAUGCACAUUGCUCUUUGGCCAAACUGGCUCCUUUUUGUUUGUAGACCUCCUUUCCUCAGCCUUUCCCUUUCCUCCCCCAUCCCAUCCUUUCAGCUUAUCUCAUAUGUGAGUCCCAGGAGUUCCCAGCAGGAAGAAAUCUCUCAUGAGCCUCAACCAGGGGUCAUCCUGCUGCUUGUUUUUGUAAAUAAAGUUUUAUGGAACACAGU